AUGUUUGCUACUUCUAAUGUUAUUGAUAUUUCUCAUUUAUUUGAUGAUACUUCUUUGUAUAGAAUUACAUUUGGUGUUUUACAAUAUGCAACAGUUACAAGACUUGGCAUUUCCUCUUCUGUUAACAAAGCUUAUCAGAAAAUGAAGGCUCCAACUGAGGAUGAUUUGACCGCAGUCAAAAGAAUUUUGAGAUAUCUCAGUGGUACUUUAGGAUAUGGUUUGCAGUUUAGGAGAGCAACUUCUUUACAUCUUCAAGCAUAUUCUGAUGCAGAUUGGACUGGAGAUUAUCUGGAUAAGAGAUCAACGAGUGGUAUGGUUUUUCUUUUUGGACCAAAUUUAAUUUCUUGGUGUUCCGGAAAACAAAACACUACAUUAAGAUCUAGUAAUAAGUAUGAAUAUAGGGCAUUGGAAAAUGUUAUUUCGGAGCUACUUUAG